CCAGUCCAGCCCAGUCCGUCCCAGCCCGGCCCAGUUUAAGCCCAGACUGCCCCGGUUUAAGCCCAGUCUGUCCCAGUCCCACCCCAGUUUGUCCCAGUCCGUCCCAGUCCAGCCCCGCCGCCCCUCCCCCCGCGCCGCAGGGGCCGCUGGGAGGGGGCGGGGCCGAUCCCGGCAUCCCCCGCGCCGGGGGGGGGGGCUCGGGGGGGACCCCAAAUUUCCUCAUUUCACCCCAAAACCCUCCCGGGACCCCAAAGCCCCCCCCUGAACCCCCAAACACCCCCCCCAGCCCCCUCUGACAGCCCCAAAUUCCGCUGCGACCCCAAAACCCCCCCCCAGCCCAACCCUCAGCCCGCAGAGCCGCCCCCCAAAAUUCGAGUGCACCCCCAAAAUUUACACCUUGAAUCCUCUUCUUCCUCCUCCUCCUCCUCCUCCUCCUCUUCCUCCUCCUCCUCCUCCUCCUCCUCCUCCUCCCCCCGCCCUAAAUCCGCCUUCCCACGGGGCAGCCGCAGCCAGGUGGAAAACAGGCCCCGAAAAAGGGGGAAAAAGAGGGAAAAAAGAGGAAAAAAGGAGAAAAAAAAAGGGAGGAAAAAAAACAACAGGGAAGAGGAUAAAAGAAAGGGGAGAUAGGAAAAAAAAAGAGGGAAAAGGAAGACGAGAGAAGCGAAAGGAGCGCGAAGGAAUUAAAAAAAAAAAAAAAGAGGAUUAAAGAGGAAAAAAGCAGGAGGUGAAAGAAGGAAGAAGAAAGAAAAAGGGAAUAAAGGAGGAGAGAAGAAGGAGAAAAAGCAGGAGAAAAGGCUGAGCUUUGGGAUGCAGCUGCCCCUGGACAGACCCAGAGCAUUCCCAGGAGCCUGAUUGGAACCAGAGCAGCACCAGAGGGUCCCAUGGAGCAGGAGGGGACCCCCGAGCCCCCCGAGGAGGCUGCGGGUGGGGACAGAAUUCCCAGUGCUGGGGGUGGAAAUCCUGGUGUAGGGGAUGGAGCUCCCAAUGUUGGGGAUGGAAUUCCCGAAGUUGGGGGCUCAAUUCCCAAUGUUGGGGACGGAAUUCCCAAUGUUGGGGACGGAAUUCCUGGUGUAGGAGACACAUUUCCCAAUGCUGGGGAUGGAAUUCCCAAUGUUGGGGACGGAAUUCCUGGUGUAGGAGCCACAUUUCCCAAUGCUGGGGAUGGAAUUCCCAAUGUUGGGGACAGAAUUCCUGGUGUAGGAGCCACAUUUCCCGAUGCUGGGGACGGAAUUCCCGGUGCUGGGGACACAAACCCCGAUGUUGGUGACACAAUUCCCAACGUUAGGGAUGAAAUUCCCGGGGCAGGGCAUGGAAUUCCCAAUGUCGGUGACAGAAUUCCCGUUGCUGGGGAUGGAAAUCCCAAUGUAGGGGACACAGUUCCCAAUGUUGGUGACACAGUUCCCAAUGUAGGGGACACAAUUCCCAAUGUUGGGGACACAGUUCCCAAUGUUGGUGACACAAUUCCCAGUGCUGGGGACACAGUUCCCAAUGUUGGUGACACAAUUCCCAGUGCUGGGGACGGAAUCCCCAGUACCGCUGAUGGAAUUCCCGAUGUUGGUGACACAAUUCCCGAUGUUGGUGACACAAUUCCCAGGGCAGGGAGCUCCCGGGAAGGUUCUGGGGGCCCACCUGGGCAGCAGGAGGGGGUCUCCAGCCCCGAGGGACCCCCGGGGGGCUCCCCCAAGGAGCAGCAGCAGCCCCGGCAUGAGGGGUCCCUGCAGGAGGGGUCCCCCAAGGGGCAGCCCCUGGAGGAAGGGGGGUCCCCCAAGGGGCAGCCGGCCCCACAGGAGGAGGGGCCCCUCAAGGAGCAGCCCCAGCCGGACAGGGGCGCCCCCCAGGACAGGGGGUCCCCCCCGGCCGAGCCCCCCCGGGCGCAGCCCCCCGGGGAUUUUUACUUUGUCAAGUGGAUCCUGUGGAAGGGGCAGCGCACGGCCCUGGUGAUGCAGAGCGAGAACGGGCCCUGCCCGCUGCUGGCCAUCAUCAACAUCCUCCUCCUGCAGUGGAAGGUGAAGCUGCCCCCACAGACAGAGGUGGUCACGGCCGAGGAGCUGAUGGCACAUUUGGGGAAUUGCAUCCUGGCCACCCAACCCCGGGACACCUCGGAGGCGCUGCAGCUGAACUUCCAGCAGAACAUCAAUGACACCAUGACGGUGCUGCCCAAGCUCUCCACGGGGCUGGACGUCAACGUGAGGUUCACGGGGGUCUCAGAUUUCGAGUACACCCCCGAGUGCAUCGUCUUCGACCUCCUCAACAUCCCACUCUACCACGGCUGGCUGGUGGACCCCCAGAGCCCCGAGCAGGUCCAGGCCGUGGGCAAGCUCAGCUACAACCAGCUGGUGGAGAAGAUCAUCACCUGCAAACACGCCAGCGACUCGCGCCUGGUGAGCGAAGGGCUGGUGGCAGAGCAGUUCCUGGAGUCCACGGCGUCUCAGCUGACCUUCCACGGGCUGUGCGAGCUCACGGCCCGCGCCCGCGAGGGAGAGCUCGGCGUCUUCUUCCGCAACAACCACUUCAGCACCAUGAUCAAGCACAAGGGCCACCUCUACCUGCUGGUGACAGACCAGGGCUUCCUGCAGGAGCAGGGGGUGGUGUGGGAGAGCCUGCACAGCGUGGAUGGGGACAGCUGCUUCUGUGACACCGAGUUCCACCUCAGCCACCCCCUGGGCAAGGACAGGGCCCCCCCGGCCCCCCCGGCCCCCCGGCUGCAGCAGAGACAAGUGGACCAGGAUUUCAUGGUGGCCCUGUCGCUGCAGCAGGGCCAGGACCCCUCCUCGGUGCUCAGCGACCUGGAGCUGGCGCGGCAGCUGCAGCAGGAGGAGUACCAGCAGCACCAUCCUCAUCCUCAUCAUCCUCAGCACCCCGCUCCUCCUCAGCUGCUCCCAGCACAGGUGGAGCGGCGGCCGCGGCAGAGGCCGGAUUUGGACUGCACCCUCCUCUAGCACCCCGUGCCCGGGGGUCCCCACGCCUGCAGCCCCUCAAAACCCAGCUCUGCAUCCUCCAGGGGGUCCCUGUGGGCUGGAGAUGAGGCUGCGGGUGGGGACGGAAUUCCCAAUGUUGGGGAUGGAAUUCCCAAUGUCGGGGAUGGAAUUCCCAGCGCUGGGAGCACAGUUCCCAAUGUUGGGGAUGGAAUUCCCAAUGUUGGGGAUGGAAUUCCCAGUGCUGGGAGCACAAUUCCCAGCGUUGGGGAUGGAAUUCCCAAUGCUGGGGACACGAUUCCCAACGUUGGGCAUGGAAUUCCCAA